GCAUCGGGAGUUGGUAUAAAUAGGUACGUAUUUCAGACUCUGGUAUCAUAAAUCUAAUUGUGCUCUUCGAAGUAACACCGAAGUUAUAUCAAAUUUGUAAACAUGAAGCUGCUGUGUAUCUUUGCUGCCCUGCUGGUGUGCGUAUGCGCACAGGAGUGGUACGACGGCGAAGAGCUUUCGUUCGUCGACAACAGCGAGUAUCAAUACAGACUGGAUCAACUAAGGAAGCAGAGGGACAGGAGACCCAAGCGUGAGGUCACAGGUUCUAUUCCCGUCGGGGACAAUGGGAAACUCAUCGGGACACUUGGAGACACGGCCAAGGGAGGACUAUACGGCACCGGCGCCUAUGAGCAUACCCUCAUCAACAAUGACGGCGGACGACUAGCGGCACAGGCAUAUGGCACGCGCGUGCUGAACCCCAACAAAGACUCCACGCUCUACGGCGGCAAGCUUGCCUGGACCGACUCCAACGUGCACGCUUCGGCUGACGCGAGCAAGCGCAUUGGAUUGAAUCCUUUCAAGCCGAGACUUAUUGAAUACCAUAGUGUGGAGACCAAACAACACUGCCAAAUUCUAAUAUACUUCGGACGAAGCUAUAAUACAAAACUUUUAACGCAAAUGUACCAUUGA